AUGAACUUCGCAUGUAAGAUCUUAGCCAGCUUCCUUCUGAUUGUCAUCCCUUCUACCAAAGGUGUAGCUCCUACAGCUCAUGAGGUCCUGGGAAUCCUGCACCAAGACACCAACGUGGACAUUAUUGGUCCUCCAAAGGAGGACUUUAUAGAUGACAGAGUAUGGAAAAAAGACAAAGCAAGGAUUAUACGAUACACAAAUGGAAAGCCUAAUGAGGAAAAGGAAAGAUACCAAGUGUUCAAAAAUGGAACUCUGAAAAUUAAACAUUUGCAAAGAAAUGAUAGUGGUAGCUACGAGGUAAACCUAUAUAAUUCAAAAGGACAGAACAUCUUGAUGCAAACAUUUCAUCUGAAGAUUCUAGAGAAAGUCUCAAAACCUGUGAUAAAUUGGAAUUGUAUCAACACAACCAUAACCUGUGAGGUAACACAAGGAACUGACCCUAAAAUAACACUGUAUGGACCUAGGAUCAAAAUCAAAGAAGGCCAGAAGGCCAUCACAUACAAGUGGACGACUAAACCAAAUGGACAAUUCAACUGCACAGCAAUUAACCGUGUCAGCAAGGAAACCAGCAUGGCGAACAUUGACUGUCCAGAGAAAGGGCUGGAUGUCCCCCUCAUCAUCGGCAUUUGUGGCGGAGGCGUUUUCUUUUUACUCUUUGUGGCGCUCCUCAUUCUCUUCAUCAGCAAGAGGAGGAAACAGCACCGAAGGAAACACGGUGAGAAACUGGAACUCAGAGCACACAGAAACACCUCUGAGGAAAGGAGCCGGAGGCCCCAACAGCAUCCAGCCUCAGCUCCUCCCACUGGGGCCGCAUCCCAAGCUCCUCCUCCGCCUGGUCAUCGUCCCCCGGCUCACGGUCCUCGCCCCCCCCCUCCUGGCCACCGCGCCCAGCACCAGCCCCAGAAGAGACCUCUGCCUCCCCCAGGCGCCCAUGUCUACCAGCAGAAAGGACCUCCUCUCCCCACGCCGCGGGUUCAACCGAAACCUCCCCGUGGGCCCAGAGAGAACGCCAAACUGUCCUCUGGCAGGGCUGACCACGGCCUUUGA